AUGCGAAGGGAAGUACGAAGGAAGUACGAAGGAAGUACGAAGGAAGUACGAAGGAAGUACGAAGGAAGUACGAAGGAAGUACGAAGGAAGUACGAAGGAAGUACGAAGGAAGUACGAAGGAAGUACGAAGGAAGUACGAAGGAAGUACGAAGGAAGUACGAAGGAAGUACGAAGGAAGUACGAAGGAAGUACGAAGAAAGUACGAAGGAAGUACGAAUAAAGUACGAAGGAAGUACGAAGGAAGUACGAAGGAAGUACGAAGGAAGUACGAAAGAAGUACGAAGGAAGUACGAAGGAAGUACGAAGGAAGUACGAAGGAAGUACGAAAGAAGUACGAAAGAAGUACGAAAGAAGUACGAAGGAAGUACGAAGGAAGUACGAAGGAAGUACGAAGGAAGUACGAAGGAAGUACGAAGGAAGUACGAAGGAAGUACGAAGGAAGUACGAAGGAAGUACGAAGAAAGUACGAAGGAAGUACGAAGAAAGUACGAAGAAAGUACGAAGAAAGUACGAAGAAAGUACGAAGUAAGUACGAAGAAAGUACGAAGAAAGUACGAAGAAAGUACGAAGAAAGUACGAAGAAAGUACGAAGAAAGUACGAAGAAAGUACGAAGAAAGUACGAAGAAAAUACGAAGGAAGUACGAAGGAAGUACGAAGGAAGUACGAAGGAAGUACGAAGGAAGCACGAAGGAAGUACGAAGGAAGUACGAAGGAAGUACGAAGGAAGUACGAAGGAAGUACGAAGAAAGUACGAAGGAAGUACGAAGAAAGUACGAAGAAAGUACGAAGAAAGUACGAAGAAAGUACGAAAAAAGUACGAAGAAAGUACGAAGAAAGUACGAAGAAAGUACGAAGAAAGUACGAAGAAAAUACGAAGAAAAUACGAAGAAAAUACGAAGGAAGUACGAAGGAAGUACGAAGGAAGUACGAAGGAAGCACGAAGGAAGUACGAAGGAAGUACGAAGGAAGUACGAAGGAAGUACGAAGGAAGUACGAAGGAAGUACGAAGGAAGUACGAAGGAAGUACGAAGGAAGUACGAAGGAAGUACGUAGAGUACGAAGGAAGUACGAAGGUAGUACGAAGGAAGUACAAAGAAAGUACAAAGAAAGUACAAAGGAAGUACAAAGGAAGUACUAAGGAAGUUCGAAGGAAGUACGAAGGAAGUACGAAGGAAGUACGAAGGAAGUACGCAGGAAGUACGAAGGAAGUACGAAGGAAGUACGAAGGAAGUACGAAAGAAGUACGAAGGAAGUACGAAGGAAGUACGAAGGAAGUACGAAGGAAGUACGAAGGAAGUACGAAGAAAGUACGAAGGAAGUACGAAAAAAGUACGAAGAAAGUACGAAGAAAGUACGAAGAAAGUACGAAGAAAGUACGAAGAAAGUACGAAGAAAGUACGAAGAAAGUACGAAGAAAGUACGAAGAAAGUACGAAGAAAGUACGAAGAAAGUACGAAGAAAAUACGAAGAAAGUACGAAGAAAGUACGAAGAAAAUACGAAGGAAGUACGAAGGAAGUACGAAGGAAGUACGAAGGAAGUACGAAGGAAGCACGAAGGAAGUACGAAGGAAGUACGAAGGAAGUACGAAGUAAGUACGAAGGAAGUACGAAGGAAGUACGUAGAGUACGAAGGAAGUACGAAGGUAGUACGAAGGAAGUACAAAGGAAGUACAAAGGAAGUACAAAGGAAGUACAAAGGAAGUACAAAGGAAGUACUAAGGAAGUUCGAAGGAAGUACGAAGGAAGUACGAAGGAAGUACGAAGGAAGUACGAAGGAAGUACGAAGGAAGUACGAAGGAAGUACGAAGGAAAUACGAAGGAAAUACGAAGAAAUUACGAAGGAAGUACGAAGGAAGUACGAAGGAAGUACGAAGGAAGUACGAAGGAAGUACGAAGGAAGUACGAAGGAAGUACGAAGGAAGUACGAAGGAAGUACGAAGGAAGUACGAAGGAAGUACGAAGGAAGUACGAAGGAAGUACGAAGGAAGUACGAAGGAAGUACGAAGGAAGUACGAAGGAAGUACGAAGGAAGUACGAAGGAAGUACGAAGGAAGUACGAAGGAAGUACGAAGGAAGUACGAAGGAAGUACGAAGGAAGUACGAAGGAAGUACGAAGGAAGUACGAAGGAAGUACGAAGGAAGUACGAAGGAAGUACGAAGGAAGUACGAAGGAAGUACGAAGAAAGUACGAAGGAAGUACGAAGGAAGUACGAAGGAAGUACGAAGGAAGUACGAAGGAAGUACGAAGGAAGUACGAAGGAAGUACGAAGGAAGUGCGAAGGAAGUACGAAGGCAGUACGAAGGCAGUACGAAGGAAGUACGAAGGAAGUACGAAGGAAGUACGAAGGAAGUACGAAGGAAGUACGAAGGAAGUACGAAGGAAGUACGAAGGAAGUACGAAGGAAGUACGAAGGAAGUACGAAGGAAGUACGAAGGAAGUACGAAGGAAGUACGAAGGAAGUACGAAGGAAGUACGAAGGAAGUACGAAGGAAGUACGAAGGAAGUACGAAGGAAGUACGAAGGAAGUACGAAGGAAGUACGAAGGAAGUACGAAGGAAGUACGAAGGAAGUACGAAGAAAGUACGAAGGAAGUACGAAUGAAGUACGAAGGAAGUACGAAGGAAGUACGAAGGAAGUACGAAGGAAGUACGAAAGAAGUACGAAGGAAGUACGAAGGAAGUACGAAGGAAGUACGAAGGAAGUACGAAAGAAGUACGAAAGAAGUACGAAAGAAGUACGAAGGAAGUACGAAGGAAGUACGAAGGAAGUACGAAGGAAGUACGAAGGAAGUACGAAGGAAGUACGAAGGAAGUACGAAGGAAGUACGAAGGAAGUACGAAGGAAGUACGAAGAAAGUACGAAGGAAGUACGAAGAAAGUACGAAGAAAGUACGAAGAAAGUACGAAGAAAGUACGAAGAAAGUACGAAGAAAGUACGAAGAAAGUACGAAGAAAGUACGAAGAAAGUACGAAGAAAGUACGAAGAAAGUACGAAGAAAGUACGAAGAAAGUACGAAGAAAGUACGAAGAAAAUACGAAGGAAGUACGAAGGAAGUACGAAGGAAGUACGAAGGAAGCACGAAGGAAGUACGAAGGAAGUACGAAGGAAGUACGAAGGAAGUACGAAGGAAGUACGAAGGAAGUACGAAGAAAGUACGAAGGAAGUACGAAGAAAGUACGAAGAAAGUACGAAGAAAGUACGAAGAAAGUACGAAAAAAGUACGAAGAAAGUACGAAGAAAGUACGAAGAAAGUACGAAGAAAGUACGAAGAAAAUACGAAGAAAAUACGAAGAAAAUACGAAGGAAGUACGAAGGAAGUACGAAGGAAGUACGAAGGAAGUACGAAGGAAGUACGAAGGAAGUACGAAGGAAGUACGAAGGAAGUACGAAGGAAGUACGAAGGAAGUACGAAGGAAGAAGUUCGAAGGAAGUACGAAGGAAGUACGAAGGAAGUACGAAGGAAGUACGCAGGAAGUACGAAGGAAGUACGAAGGAAGUACGAAGGAAGUACGAAAGAAGUACGAAGGAAGUACGAAGGAAGUACGAAGGAAGUACGAAGGAAGUACGAAGGAAGUACGAAGAAAGUACGAAGGAAGUACGAAAAAAGUACGAAGAAAGUACGAAGAAAGUACGAAGAAAGUACGAAGAAAGUACGAAGAAAGUACGAAGAAAGUACGAAGAAAGUACGAAGAAAGUACGAAGAAAGUACGAAGAAAGUACGAAGAAAGUACGAAGAAAAUACGAAGAAAAUACGAAGAAAGUACGAAGAAAAUACGAAGGAAGUACGAAGGAAGUACGAAGGAAGUACGAAGGAAGUACGAAGGAAGCACGAAGGAAGUACGAAGGAAGUACGAAGGAAGUACGAAGUAAGUACGAAGGAAGUACGAAGGAAGUACGUAGAGUACGAAGGAAGUACGAAGGUAGUACGAAGGAAGUACAAAGGAAGUACAAAGGAAGUACAAAGGAAGUACUAAGGAAGUUCGAAGGAAGUACGAAGGAAGUACGAAGGAAGUACGAAGGAAGUACGAAGGAAGUACGAAGGAAGUACGAAGGAAAUACGAAGGAAAUACGAAGAAAUUACGAAGGAAGUACGAAGGAAGUACGAAGGAAGUACGAAGGAAGUACGAAGGAAGUACGAAGGAAGUACGAAGGAAGUACGAAGGAAGUACGAAGGAAGUACGAAGGAAGUACGAAGGAAGUACGAAGGAAGUACGAAGGAAGUACGAAGGAAGUACGAAGGAAGUACGAAGGAAGUACGAAGGAAGUACGAAGGAAGUACGAAGGAAGUACGAAGGAAGUACGAAGGAAGUACGAAGGAAGUACGAAGGAAGUACGAAGGAAGUACGAAGGAAGUACGAAGGAAGUACGAAGGAAGUACGAAGGAAGUACGAAGGAAGUACGAAGGAAGUACGAAGGAAGUACGAAGGAAGUACGAAGAAAGUACGAAGGAAGUACGAAGGAAGUACGAAGGAAGUACGAAGGAAGUACGAAGGAAGUACGAAGGAAGUACGAAGGAAGUGCGAAGGAAGUACGAAGGCAGUACGAAGGCAGUACGAAGGAAGUACGAAGGAAGUACGAAGGAAGUACGAAGGAAGUACGAAGGAAGUACGAAGGAAGUACGAAGGAAGUACGAAGGAAGUACGAAGGAAGUACGAAGGAAGUACGAAGGAAGUACGAAGGAAGUACGAAGGAAGUACGAAGGAAGUACGAAGGAAGUACGAAGGAAGUACGAAGGAAGUACGAAGGAAGUACGAAGGAAGUACGAAGGAAGUACGAAGGAAGUACGAAGGAAGUACGAAGGAAGUACGAAGGAAGUACGAAGGAAGUACGAAGGAAGUACGAAGGAAGUACGAAGGAAGUACGAAGGAAGUACGAAGGAAGUACGAAGAAAGUACGAAGAAAGUACGAAGAAAGUACGAAGAAAGUACGAAGAAAGUACGAAGAAAGUACGAAGAAAGUACGAAGAAAGUACGAAGAAAGUACGAAGAAAGUACGAAGAAAGUACGAAGAAAGUACGAAGAAAAUACGAAGGAAGUACGAAGGAUGUACGAAGGAAGUACGAAGGAAGUACGAAGGAAGCACGAAGGAAGUACGAAGGAAGUACGAAGGAAGUACGAAGGAAGUACGAAGGAAGUACGAAGAAAGUACGAAGGAAGUACGAAGAAAGUACGAAGAAAGUACGAAGAAAGUACGAAAAAAGUACGAAGAAAGUACGAAGAAAGUACGAAGAAAGUACGAAGAAAGUACGAAGAAAAUACGAAGAAAAUACGAAGGAAGUACGAAGGAAGUACGAAGGAAGUACGAAGGAAGUACGAAGGAAGCACGAAGGAAGUACGAAGGAAGUACGAAGGAAGUACGAAGGAAGUACGAAGGAAGUACGAAGGAAGUACGAAGGAAGUACGAAGGAAUACAAAGAAAGUACAAAGGAAGUACUAAGGAAGUUCGAAGGAAGUACGAAGGAAGUACGAAGGAAGUACGAAGGAAGUACGAAGGAAGUACGCAGGAAGUACGAAGGAAGUACGAAGGAAGUACGAAGGAAGUACGAAGGAAGUACGAAGGAAGUACGAAGGAAGUACGAAGGAAGUACGAAGGAAGUACGAAGGAAGUACGAAAAAAGUACGAAGGAAGUACGAAAAAAGUACGAAGAAAGUACGAAGAAAGUACGAAGAAAGUACGAAGAAAGUACGAAGAAAGUACGAAGAAAGUACGAAGAAAGUACGAAGAAAGUACGAAGAAAGUACGAAGAAAGUACGAAGAAAGUACGAAGAAAGUACGAAGAAAGUACGAAGAAAGUACGAAGAAAGUACGAAGAAAGUACGAAGAAAGUACGAAGAAAGUACGAAGAAAAUACGAAGGAAGUACGAAGGAAGUACGAAGGAAGUACGAAGGAAGUACGAAGGAAGCACGAAGGAAGUACGAAGGAAGUACGAAGGAAGUACGAAGGAAGUACGAAGUAAGUACGAAGGAAGUACGAAGGAAGUACGUAGAGUACGAAGGAAGUACGAAGGUAGUACGAAGGAAGUACAAAGGAAGUACAAAGGAAGUACAAAGGAAGUACAAAGGAAGUACUAAGGAAGUUCGAAGGAAGUACGAAGGAAGUACGAAGGAAGUACGAAGGAAGUACGAAGGAAGUACGAAGGAAAUACGAAGGAAAUACGAAGGAAGUACGAAGGAAGUACGAAGGAAGUACGAAGGAAGUACGAAGGAAGUACGAAGGAAGUACGAAGGAAGUACGAAGGAAGUACGAAGGAAGUACGAAGGAAGUACGAAGGAAGUACGAAGGAAGUACGAAGGAAGUACGAAGGAAGUACGAAGGAAGUACGAAGGAAGUACGAAGGAAGUACGAAGGAAGUACGAAGGAAGUACGAAGGAAGUACGAAGGAAGUACGAAGGAAGUACGAAGGAAGUACGAAGGAAGUACGAAGGAAGUACGAAGGAAGUACGAAGGAAGUACGAAGGAAGUACGAAGGAAGUACGAAGGAAGUACGAAGGAAGCACGAAGGAAGUACGAAGGAAGUACGAAGGAAGUACGAAGGAAGUACGAAGUAAGUACGAAGGAAGUACGAAGGAAGUACGUAGAGUACGAAGGAAGUACGAAGGUAGUACGAAGGAAGUACAAAGGAAGUACAAAGGAAGUACAAAGGAAGUACUAAGGAAGUUCGAAGGAAGUACGAAGGAAGUACGAAGGAAGUACGAAGGAAGUACGAAGGAAGUACGAAGGAAAUACGAAGGAAAUACGAAGGAAGUACGAAGGAAGUACGAAGGAAGUACGAAGGAAGUACGAAGGAAGUACGAAGGAAGUACGAAGGAAGUACGAAGGAAGUACGAAGGAAGUACGAAGGAAGUACGAAGGAAGUACGAAGGAAGUACGAAGGAAGUACGAAGGAAGUACGAAGGAAGUACGAAGGAAGUACGAAGGAAGUACGAAGGAAGUACGAAGGAAGUACGAAGGAAGUACGAAGGAAGUACGAAGGAAGUACGAAGGAAGUACGAAGGAAGUACGAAGGAAGUACGAAGGAAGUACGAAGGAAGUACGAAGGAAGUACGAAGGAAGUACGAAGGAAGUACGAAGGAAGUACGAAGGAAGUACGAAGGAAGUACGAAGGAAGUACGAAGGAAGUACGAAGGAAGUACGAAGGAAGUACGAAGGAAGUACGAAGGAAGUACGAAGGAAGUACGAAGGAAGUACGAAGGAAGUACGAAGGAAGUACGAAGGAAGUACGAAGGAAGUACGAAGGAAGUACGAAGGAAGUGCGAAGGAAGUACGAAGGCAGUACGAAGGCAGUACGAAGGAAGUACGAAGGAAGUACGAAGGAAGUACGAAGGAAGUACGAAGGAAGUACGAAGGAAGUACGAAGGAAGUACGAAGGAAGUACGAAGGAAGUACGAAGGAAGUACGAAGGAAGUACGAAGGAAGUACGAAGGAAGUACGAAGGAAGUACGAAGGAAGUACGAAGGAAGUACGAAGGAAGUACGAAGGAAGUACGAAGGAAGUACGAAGGAAGUACGAAGGAAGUACGAAGGAAGUACGAAGGAAGUACGAAGGAAGUACGAAGGAAGUACGAAGGAAGUACGAAGGAAGUACGAAGGAAGUACGAAGGAAGUACGAAGGAAGUACGAAAGAAGUACGAAAGAAGUACGAAAGAAGUACGAAAGAAGUACGAAAGAAGUACGAAGGAAGUACGAAGGAAGUACGAAGGAAGUACGAAGGAAGUACGAAGGAAGUACGAAGGAAGUACGAAGGAAGUACGAAGGAAGUACGAAGGAAGUACGAAGGAAGUACGAAGGAAGUACGAAGGAAGUACGAAGGAAGUACGAAGGAAGUACGAAGGAAGUACGAAGGAAGUACGAAGAAAGUACGAAGGAAGUACGAAGGAAGUACGAAGGAAGUACGAAAAGUACGAGAAUUACGAGAAGUACGGAAAGUACGAUGUAA